AUGUCAAACUACAGCCAAGUCUCGGACUGGUCGGACGCUCAUCUAGAGGAUGAUUCAGGGGACAACGAUCAUUUGGUGGUCAUCAAGUUGAUGGAGCAUCGUCAUCGUCGAGCAGCCGCGAAGGCUGCUGAGGAACGGGAACGGGAGGAGGCUGAGGAGGCCAGAAGGGCCACCGAAGCAUUGAAAAAGAGGAGGAAAGAGGAGGCAGUGGCAAGGAAGCGUAAAUCUAUUGCGAUGUCGACACUGUCGACCAGUGAUUGGCCCCCUGCGUGUGCCAGGUGCCUCAAGUGCCACAUCGAACUAAGUGGUCAGGGACGCUCACCCCGCGACGAGAUCGCCACUACGCACAGCCGCUACUUGUCCCACCGAGUCCCACAUGCCGGGACCUCACCGCUUUCAGAGCUGUCCCUGACAGUGGGGUGGCUUGCUGCGAUCAGUGAGCAGCUCCGGGUCCAUAACACCAUGAUGGGCAGCGCCUUGGCCAGCAGGUCGAGGAGGGAGUCCAGCAACUUGGCUGUCGACAAGGCGGUUAUGGGAGAUGAGGAGCCCAAAGUGGGUCGGAGGCAGGCUAUGGUGCCUCAGAAGGAGGUUGGGGAUGAGGAGCCGGAGGAGGUGGACUGUACUUCUUGCAAUUGUUUCGACGCGGCCAAUGGCUUGCCCAGUACUGCUGACGCUUCGUCCAUAAAAUCUUAA